ACUUGUUUGUGGAUGCCAGUCUUCACUGUCCUCAGCCCCCAAGAGCUCAGCCCACUGUCAGCAUCGUCACCACCUCAGUUCUGUUGCCUCCACCUUGGGCUGUGGCCUUCGGGACAGCUGAGUCAAGAAAGCAGGAGUAUUUGGCUCAGUCUCGUGAGAGCUCACAGAAUUGGCAGAAAGCUGGUUCCCAUUUCUGCAGGCGCCUAGUGGAGAAGAGUUCUGCUUUGAAAGGUGGCUGGACAACUUCCUUCACCAGCUGCUUAGCCAGUUUCGGAAAUGGAGCUAAGGCUGAGUUGAGGAAUCAGAAUCAGCAAAUCAAGACUUGUGAUCAAGCUUCUGCGACCUGGAAAUCUCCAUUCACCUCAUGUGGCUCAGUCUUAGCUCUCAAGGUACCGCCUGGGUCCUUGUGCCUCUUCCACUCCUUGGAAGGAAGUUUAUGAGGCAUCCGAAGUCUACAAACCGUACCCUUAGGGAAAGGGGGUACAGUUUCCUUCCAGAGAGCAGGACCCUGAGGGUGUGCCAUUUCAGAGCUCUCUGAGAAUCCAUUUGACACUGUGGAUAAGAAGUAUCCAUCCUUCAGAUAACAUGUGGAAAGGGAUUUCUUUAAAACAAGAGAGGAGUUUCUGAACUCACCCACUUCUCUGAUCUCACAUGCUGGUGACAUCCUCCGGUCAAUGCCACUAAAGGCUGACACUUCAUGCUCUUCUUUAUAACUUUGAGGUUCCUCCUGAUGAUGGGUGUGCUUUUCUGCUGCGGAGCUGGCUUCUUCAUACGCAGGCGCCUGUACCCACCACCGCUGCUUGAGGAGCCCGCGUUCAACGUGUCCUAUACCCGGCAGCCCCCCAACCCCGCACCAGGAGUCCAGCAGCCGGGGCCGCCAUACUACACUGACCCUGGAGGACCGGGCGUGAACCCUGUUGGGAGCAUGGCGAUGGCUUUUCAAGUGCAGCCCAGCUCUCCCCAGGGCUGUGUGGCCUACCCACCGCCCCCUUCCUACUGCAACACGCCCCCGCCCCCCUAUGAACAGGUGGUCAAGGACAAGUAGGCCACACCCUGCCCCCCCCCCCGCCGGGCUCCGCCCUGGCUCUUGAGCUCCUGUGGAGGACACUGUCUGAGUCCACACCAUCUCCUCUGUUGCUUCCGUUCCUGAUGUGGCCUGUGCUCUCCAGUAGCAUAGCGACUAUCCCGAGGGAGAUAGUGUAGGGCUUCACGGACCAGAUCCUCCAGACAGAGCCUGAGAGGAGGGCAGGGAGGAGAGCUGGGACAGGGGAGGCCACAGCAGCCCUGUUGGCUGUCCUGGCAGGGGAAAGGCCCCUGCACACUCCUCUGUCCCCACCCACAUCCUGCAGCCAGGCCUCCCUCUGCACAGACCAGAGGCCCAGCACACGCAGCAUGAUGAGCAUGGACAGGGCCAGCUCAGCUGUGUUCUCUCCUGUUGCCUGAAGGCCCCAAGGAAGUCCUUCAAGUCCCGGGAAUCACGCCCUGCCCUGCCCAAACCCAGACUGAGUGCCAUGGCUCUGGGUCUGACUUGGAGAAACACGUCCCCUCUCAGUGCAUCUGUGACGGCGCCUGUGUCUGUCCUGUGCCCUAGGAUGACAGCCCAGGGCUCCCAAGCACCCUGUCCUGGGCCGCACAGGGACUGGAUGGACAUGGGGUGCCCCACUAGGAGUCGCAUUGGCCUUGGACGGGGAGGGGCCAGGGCACAGCCAGCUGUGGGCAACCAUGCAAGCCACGCCCGGGACCAGGCAGCUGUGUUGGGAGGCUCGAUGAGAAGAUAGUGGGAUGAACAGACCAGUGGUUCUGCCAUGUCACUGAGAUCAUCAGGAAGUUGUGGUGAGAGACUCAGACCCCUGGGAAUGGCCCUCACCCCAGGACCCUAGAGUAGUGACAAAGUUGUUGACAGUAAAGGGCUUGUCCCCAGUGUAGUUAGUCACGUGGGUGUGAUCAUAGAGCAGACCACCGGACAGUGCUGUGUGUGCUGUGAACAGCAUGGCUAGGAUGCCUGGGUAGACUGGUGGUGUCGGGAGCAGAUUGGGGGUGGACGUUGUUUAAAUGAACUCCUGGAAGCCUCUUGAGAAAUCGGCACCCAUGUAACGUGAGCAUCCAGGCCACUCCUGGGUGGCCCUGGAGUGGUUUCUAUCUGCAUAGGCCAAGAGGCCCACUCUCCGUUUUCUGACAGUGGCAGGAUGGGUAACUGUGAGCUUUGGCGACCCCCGGGGAGAGUCUGGCAGAGCCAGAGGCUGCUGCCUGGCCAGAGCACCAUGUUGGCCCUGACCUCUGCCCCCUCCCUGUCCUCAAUUGGAUGAGGCCACAAAGCACAACGUCUGCUGUUUACAACCAGAGUCCCCUUGGCUCAUUCCCUCCAGGAUAUUUAUUUUGCAUUUUUAACGUCAGUUUCUCCCUUUACUUUUUAAAAUAAGCACAGUGAGAGCUGUCCCUGGUGGUGGACCAGGCACAGCUGAAUGGGGCACUGAAGUCCACACUGAAUUUUGUUCAUCUUUUUGAUAGCAAAUAAUCUUGAGACUGAACCCCUGGGAGGGCUCAAGCAUUUUAUAAUCCAUGUGAGAAGCGUCGUCCCCAUGAGCUGGCGAGUCCGGUGCCUGUGGCCUCUCCUGCUCUGUGUGUGGCCACCCUGCAGGCCGGCAGUUAGGAGUGACUCAGGCGGAUCUGUGCAUGCUCUUCCUGGGCCACACAUGGCUCGUGGUUGCAAUUUUUGUUCUCUUUUGAUAGAGUCCUGUUUCCUAUGUAUGCAGAAUUAAAAAAAGUUUGGUCACG